GCCAUUACCACCGGACUCUGCACCUCCUGAGAACAGCGUGCUUCGGCUUUCUUCACCCAGCACUACACCGAGGGGGCUGGGAUUUGGCAGGGAUGGCUCUGUGUCUUCAUCACUGGCAGAUGAAGAGGACGGGGGCUUGCGCUCUGACGACCAGUGUGACUAUUACGACGAUGUUUUGAUGAGCCCCAAGCCCGAUGGGGAGGCUGUAUCUGGCUUUAGUUUGCCACAACACAGCAGCACUGGAGGAAUGGACACCAGAGACGGCUUCUCUGGAAAAGUGCACAAUGCUAACACCUCGAACACCUCAGCCAUCAUCACCCAGCAGAAUGCCAACCACAGCCAGGAGGACGAGGACGCACCUGAUAUCAGUCUGUAUGUUAAGGCUGGUUUUGAUGGUGAGAGCAUUGGUAAUUGUCCAUUUUCUCAGCGUCUUUUCAUGAUCCUGUGGCUCAAAGGAGUUGUCUUCAACGUUACCACUGUCGACCUGAAAAGGAAACCAGCUGAUCUACACAACCUUGCACCUGGAACACAUCCACCAUUCUUGACUUUUAAUGGAGAGGUCAAGACAGAUAUUAACAAAAUAGAAGAGUUUUUGGAAGAGGUACUUACACCACCAAAAUACCCCAAGCUUGCUGCUAAACACCGUGAAUCAAACACUGCUGGAAUAGAUAUUUUUGCCAAGUUUUCAGCGUACAUUAAGAACACAAAACCUAGUGAUAAUGAAGCUCUUAAAAAAAGUUUAACAAAAGCUUUAAAAAAAUUGGAUGACUACCUGAACACACCCAUUCCAGAAGAGAUUGAUGCCAACAGCGUUGAUGAUUUGAAGGUUUCCAAGCGCAAGUUUCUUGAUGGAGAUGAACUGACACUUGCAGACUGCAACCUUCUGCCUAAGCUUCACAUCGUCAAGAUUGUGGCAAAAAAACAUCGGAAAUAUGAAAUCCCAACAGACAUGACCGGGGUGUGGCGAUACCUGAAGAAUGCUUAUGCUCGAGAUGAAUUCACCAACACCUGUCCAGCAGAUGGUGAAAUUGAGCUAGCAUAUGCGGAUGUAGCCAGGAGACUUUCCAAGUCAUAAGAGACAGUUGGAGAUGUACAUUAAUAUCAAGGACUUUAUCCAUCUCAUACUGCAUUGUUUCCUUAAUUUUACUUCGUUAUCAUGUAGUUUUUGCUUUUACAAGUUUGGGAUAAAACUGAUAUGUCUGAAGUACAUGGAUAAUGUUAUGAUUUUAUAAAUGUGAAAUAUAUAGGCAUGUUUUAUUUAUAUAAUUUUGAAAUUCAGGUUAUUGUAAUUAACUAUAGAGAUAUGUAUUCCUAAUAAUAUUGGACAAGUUGUGCAUUGCAAUGGUAUACAUUUAUCCUUUGAGAAUAUUGCAUUUUUUUCCUCUCCCACCCACACCUUCCUGUGACCUGCCCAUUGCCCCUUCUAUUAGCAACCCAUUGGCAGAUUCAUUCCCUUGCAGGUGAGAGACAGACAACCCUGGGCUAAGUAAGAUCCCUACAGCCCAUUCAUUUUUGCUGAAGAAGUUGUAUUGGCCCAUAUAUUUGACCUCUGAUGAGAGCUGGGUGAUAGGGAGAAGGCCAAUUUUAAGUAUUAAAGAGUGACUUACCUAUCCUUCCUAAAUGUGGCUUUCUGGCUAAGAACAUCUGGCUGGUUGGGAGGUGGAGAAGGAGGUGCUUGUAUGCUGCCAUACACAUCUCCCUUCUCCAUCUCCUAAGAUCAAGGACCUGCAUUGACAGCACAACCCAACAUGACCAUUAUAGGGGAUAAUACAUCCUGGCACUGCUACUUGUUACCAGUGCUGUGGGCCUAUCAGCUUUGCUGUGCCUAAAGAUGAGCGAACUGGUGUCAGCUUCUUCAUGGCAUCCUCCCCCACCUGGCCACAAAGAUACCCAUGCAGCUAAUUGAAAAGGAGUCAUUUGGGUGUCAUUUCUCUACGCCUCAUGUCUGGGGUAUUGGGAAUACGAUGUUUUGUAGUACAGAUGUCAGACAGUAAGGGUCAGUUAAGACAUACUGCUGUAUUUGAGGUAUUCUUUUGAAAGUCAGUUAUGCCAUUAUUUUAUUACACUUUAAUUUUUUAUUUACAUCUGAUGUCAGAAUUCACUAUCUACAUUAUAAAAAGAUUUUCAGGGGAUUAGCUUACUCUUAUGUCCACUUCAGAGACCAGACUGAAAUGUGGUGGUGCUUGCCAGAAAGAUAUUUUAAUGAAGAAUUUUGCAGAAGGUAGAAUAGAAUGAAUCAUAUCCAUGAUUUAUCAUGCAGUGGGAAAUUGUAGCUAUAUUUUUCUAGCAGUAUUCUAACAAUGGCCAGAAUUCAUAAAUAGGGGGCUUAUGUACUUUACUGUUAUGUUCACAUUCAUGAAAAAGGUUUGACUCACAUUUAGUUUAUCCUCAUUUAGCUGACAUUUAGAACCCCUGGAUCUUCCAAACAAGGAAAUGAAGUCUGGUUUUACUUAGGCUGACCGUUUUAUUCUCCCAAAACCUCUAACUUCUGGAAACACACAUCAAAUUACACAAAAAUUAACAAAAUAUGAGUUGACUUAAUAUGAGGUAAUUAUCUAUUAGGAAUCCAUUAUUUUUUUGCUAUUUUACACUCUGUUUUAAUGUUAGUAAAUUAUCAAACAACUGACCCUUUUCUUAGAUGUGUACAUUUUGUCAUGUCUGAACAUUGAUUGCAUAUCAAAAAUGUAAUAGCUAAAUUAAUGCAUUUUCACAAAGUCCCAUUUCUAAGAAAUGGUACCUUUUAAUAAAAUUUUCAGGAAACCCACAUUUAUUCUUUUAUAUACUGUUAUAUGACUGUGGAAUUAGUAUGUUUAAGUUAGGCUGGUGCCCCACCCCCAACAUGGAGCAUGCUUUAGCUUCGGUUAGCUGAAAGUGGCUAUUUACAGAACUGUUUCAUAGGAAUGGGACUCAAUGAAAUUGUUACUGAUGAGUCAGCAUGAAUGCUUACCUCCACAUUCACAGCCCAAACUGUUCUGAUUGUCAGUGUACAGGCAGUUAGCCGCCAGCUUCCACCAUAAAGAUUUCUAACAUACUAAAGCAUUGCACCAUUAUCCAGGACUUAAGUUGUACCUGAAGCUUAGCGCUACAGUGGUUAGUAUUGCUGCCUCACAAUACCUGGCAUGUGGUUCAGCUCUGACUUCAUUUAUUCUCACAGUAAAAUUAGGAAUCUCUCUGAGAUUUUCUUAGAAAAUUCCGGCUUCUGUAACCACCAGGAACUUGUUCUCUAAAUUAGCCAUGUGUAUUGUACUGACCCAUGUCAUGGUCCUUUCCGAUGUGGUCCAGGCAAUGGCUGAUAAGGUCAGCAAGGAUACCUUCCCUUAUAUUGGCUAUUAAAUGAGCAAGUGAAGUACAUUAAGGAAAUGGAAACAUGAACUAAAAGCCUAUUCCUUAGUUGCAUACCACAGUCAGAUUCUGGAACGAAUGCAUUUACACAACAGCAUAUUUUUCAUUGUUGCUUACAGCUAUCCUCAAGUGAGGUUCUGUUAAAGAGUUUCAGUAUGUGCCUACCUCUGCCUCCUUCUCCAGAGUAGCCACAUGUGACAUGUCAGAGUCAUAAAGUCAUAUACAUUCCAAGGCCAGUGAGUCUUAUGACCAUUUACACCUUGCCAGUACCCUCUCUUAGGUCAUCAUUUUUUCUGGGGGACCAUUCUAUUCAGUGCCAGAGUAACUUGAGGAUAACCAUCUAGUCACCUAUGCUAUGUUUAAAGGAAGUUCAUAGGCUGCACUAUUUAACAUGUAGAUGUCAUUUGUUACAGAGGUUUGGGAGGUGCUGGGUUAUAAACCUGUGCCUCCAUUAUAGUCUCAGGCUCAACUAUUGGUUGGAAAUGUUGGACUUGUGAAGAUUAAGGAGGUCCAGAAUCAUUGCAUCUCUAAUGGCACAGUAAGUGAGAUCUAGAUCUCUCCACAAAUAAAAGGAUAGAGAUGUGGCUGAGCUUGCUGUACCACCAACCUCCUCCUAAUGCAUAUCUCUGGGAAUGUUGCUGGAGCACAUCAGAGAGCUAUGCAGGACCCUAUUGCAGAUUACAGCUCUCUACCUCUGCAACUACUGCCAAGUGUAAUCUGCACUGGCUCAAUCAAUAUUCCCAUCCAAUGUUUCACCAUAUAAAUGUGGCAGACUGGCACAAUUUGCAGUGCAAACACUUCUCAUUGCAUCUUCAUUUAUUUUUUCAGACUGUACAGCUCUGUAUCAAAAAUCACCUUCUAUUUCUUUUAGCAAUGUAUACCUCCCCUCCCCUCAUUGGCAGUACUAUUUUGUGGUGUGCUUAGCGGACGGUAAAAUGUUUCAUUGUAGCCUUACAUCCUAAGUAGUUGCUGAAAAGGGUUGUGUACCAGCCCACCAUCCUGGGUAACCAACAUUAACUAACUAACUAGCUAAGUAAAUACAGACCCAUAUUAGACAUGGCAAGCAGAUGUGCAUGUCCAAGAAUACACUGCUUUAAAGUUUUCAAAUAUAUUCUGAGCAGCUGAAGAUAUCUGUUCUAUUUGUGUCAUAGUCCUCAUUCACUCUUGAAGUUGAUUGCUGCAGAGAGCAGGCUGUUUGAAUGGGGAAUCUCUGUCCCUGCUAUUAUUAUUUUUUAUAGAGUUAAAACCACUUCAACAAUACUGACAUUGAAACUUCCACGGUAUUUGUAUUAAUUCAAAAUCUUCUUAUCAGUUGUUUAUUCAUGCCAGUAAUGACCUUGUAAAUAAAUCUCCUUCUCUUUGUCCGCCA